CACUAGCACAGAUUCUCACCCCUACCAACCACCAUGGAAAUUCAGAAACUCAACUCAACUCAACAUCCACCCCAAAAUUAUUGUUUUCCCAAAACAUUUCCAACACCACACACCUUCUCUUUUGUCUCAAAUUAGCAACUACAGAGUCAAUGAAUUGGAUGACUGAAAGCUCAAACCAUUGUUAACCAGCAAUGAUUUUGCAAUGGCUAUCACAAACUUUUCAUUAACAUCAUCAACUUACAGAAACAACCCAUCUGCAUCUCUCACUUGCAGUCUAAAUUCUUCACCAAGAUCCUCCUCACCGGACUCUGUUUUUCUUCCUGACGCUACUGGGCCUUCUUACAAUCCACUUGUGUAUCAGGCUGUGAAGCUGUUGGGGCCUCCUGCAACAUUUGAUGCCUCAAAACUUGAAGUUAUUUUUAAAGGAGAAGAGAAAGAUCAGUAUAGGAGGAGGAGGAUUCUACCCAGGACUUAUAAUCUUUCUCAUUGUGACUUCACUGCUGACCUCACAUUAACCAUUUCAAAUGUUCUUCACCAUGACCAGCUGAGAGGGUGGUAUAAUAAGGAUGAUGUAGUGGCUCAAUGGGCUGAAGUGAAAGGUCAUAUGUGUCUUGAUGUUCAUUGCUAUGUUAGUGGACCAAAUUCCUUGCUCGAUCUUGCUGCAGAGUUCAGAUACUAUAUUUUCUCAAAGGAGUUGCCAUUGGUGCUUGAAGCUGUGCUGUAUGGGGAUCGUGCCCUGUUUAGUGAACACAAAGAGUUGAUGGAUGCAUUCGUUCGGGUCUUUUUCCACUCUAGCUCAAGGAAGUAUAACCGCGUAGAGUGUUGGGGCCCGCUUAAGGAUGCUGCUAAGGGACGGUUCGGGGAUCAGAUACAAGGGUUAUUGGCUGAAGACAAGGAACGAUCUGCGCCUCCAAAGAGCUGGGGAAUACCGAAAUCUGUAUUUCAAGUUCUUUGUACAUUCCUUUUGUAAUUAACCACACCAAGGUCCAGAGGCAAUGAUAUAGUGUUAAAAGAAAGUCAAAGUCAACCAUUCACCUGCUGCGUUUGUAGAGGUUAUGAUUGAAUUCAUUUUGCUGUCUCAUUGAUUCUUUUUUGUACCAUGUACUGCAACUCAUGAAUCAGAAACCAUGAGAUCAAAAUUCUUGAUAAAAAGAUUGCCAUUUGUUAAUAAAUUUAGCAAUUACACA